CUGGAUUCUCUUUCAAUUUCAAAACCACCCGAAGCAGCCUUGAAUGAAUCCAUGGAAGAUAGGCAUGUUUUGUUUGGGAAAUACGAGAUGGGUAGAUUGCUGGGGAAAGGCACUUUCGCUAAAGUUUAUUACGGUAAAGAAGUAAGAUCGGGUGAGAGCGUGGCGAUAAAGGUGAUCAGCAAAGAUGAGGUGAAGAAAGAAGCCAUGAUGGAGCAGAUCAAGAGAGAGAUCUCUGUGAUGCGCCUCGUUCGUCAUCCAAACGUGGUGGAACUCAAAGAAGUCAUGGCUACAAAGACCAAGAUCUUCUUCGUUAUGGAAUAUGUCCGUGGCGGCGAACUAUUUGCCAAAGUUUUCAAAGGCAAACUCAAAGAAGACGCUGCUCGUAAGUACUUCCAACAACUGAUGAGCGCCGUCGAUUUCUGCCACAGUAGAGGUGUAUCGCACCGGGAUUUGAAGCCCGAGAAUCUCCUUUUGGACGAGAAUGAAGAUCUAAAGAUCUCUGAUUUUGGGUUGUCCGCCUUGCCGGAUCAGCUUCGCAAUGAUGGGCUCCUCCACACUCAGUGUGGGACUCCGGCAUAUGUUGCACCUGAGAUUUUGAGGAGAAAAGGCUACAAUGGAUCCAAAGCAGAUAUCUGGUCUUGUGGGGUUAUCCUGUAUGUUCUACUCGCAGGUUUCCUGCCAUUUCAAGACGAGAAUAUCAUGAAGAUGUACAGGAAAAUUUUCAAGGCUGAAUUCGAGUUUCCGCCAUGGUUUUCGACUGAAUCAAAGCGUUUGAUCUCUAAACUACUUACGGCUGACCCUGAAAGAAGGAUAACAAUUCCAGCUAUACUGCGUGUCCCUUGGUUUCGAAAAGGAUUUACACGCCCCCUUGCGUUUUCAAUCGAAGAACCAAUAUCAGAUACCAAUACAGAAGAUGAUGAUUCCGCUGCAUCUAAGUCUAACAAGCUAUCGUCUCCGAAAUUCUUCAACGCUUUUGAGUUUAUUUCCUCCAUGUCGUCAGGAUUUGAUUUGUCGAGUUUGUUCGAAAACAAGAGGAAAUCAGGGAUGAUGUUCACUUCAAGAUGUACAGCUACUGUCAUCAUGGCUAAAAUCGAAGCUGCUGCUAAAGGGUUGAACUUUAGGGUGGGAAAAGUCAAGGACUUCAAGAUGAAGUUACAAGGAUCGUCGGAGGGGCGGAAAGGGAAGCUCUUACUGACGGCGGAGGUGUCUGAGGUGGCACCGGAGGUUGCAAUCGUGGAGUUCUCCAAGUCUUCAGGGGACACAUUGGAAUAUGUCAAGUUUUGCGAGGAAAAUGUGAGGCCAGCAUUAAAGGACAUUGUUUGGACAUGGCAAGGCGACAACUUCAACAACACUAGUAACGUUCAAAUCGAGGGAGAAGAAUGUGAAAAGUGAAAA